CCGUCGCCAUGAACGCUCUGACCAUUGUCACCAUUCUGUCCGCUGUCCUUGCCACCACCAUGGCUGGUGGAGUCGGUUACGGAGGACUUGGUUACGGAGGACUUGGUUACGGAGGACUUGGAUACGGCGCCGGCUACGGCCUUGGUGGAGGUCUGGGAGCCGGCGGUGUAGGGGUCGGCAGCAGCGUGGCUCUUCUGCGCGGCGGGCCCGGACUGUACAAGGCUGUGCCCGGUCCAGCCUUCCUGGUCAGGACUAUCCACCAAGUGAACAAGCUGUCCAGCGGCGGAGCACUGGUCGCGCACUCCGGCCUCGGAGGAGGAUCAUACGGCGGAGGAGCCGGACUCGGUGGAGGUGCCGGACUCGGCGGAGGCUACGGAGGUGGCUUGGGAUAUGGAGGCGGUUUGGGAUACGGAGGUGGUCUGGGAUAUGGAGGCGGCUACGGAUACGGCGGGUACGGUUACAAGGGUUGA